ACGUAUAAAUGUUGUACUUAUUUUUUGCUUAUUUUUCUGUUGGAGCUGUGUACUGUUAAUUCAUUGUAUUUAGGAAUUUGCCUAAUAACAGUAAUUGUCACAAUAGCAAAAUUUUACUUUAUCUCUUUUCCAGAUGUUUACAAAAGAGUAUCCUGUUAUUUUUUUUGAUAAUGGUUAAAAUUUCUAAAUUUUUACAAUGAUUUCACAAUGAAUGGAUUGCAUUUGAGGGCUCUCUGUAGGCUUUUAAAGGAAGAAGACAUAAGCUUUAGUCAGAUUAUAUUUAAACCACCCCUGAUUUUAUAACUUAAAGUGUUUGUGUUUUCGCUGUUUACCCUUUUAAAAAUGAAGGAGCAGCAAAUGUAUUUAACAUAAACAAUAAUGUGCCAUGAUAUAUUUACCCACAUUUAUGAUAAAGGUGUGUUUACAGGGGCUAACUAAUGCCAACUUCCUCGUCUGAAUGCAUCUUUUACGUCAUGUAGGUUGUAUUCGGCUGUUAAAAGCCGACUGCCGGAAUAUUUGAAGCACGUCAUGUAAAUCCUCCAGCAUUCAGUCUGGUGUCUUCUGUCUCCUCUAACAGGACUCAGGUUUCAGGCGAAGGAGUUAAUCAACACACCCGAUUAAUUAUUUAGCACCCGUGGCCGUGCUUGUUGCUGAAAUCCCUUCUGCGUUUCACAGCCUUCAUUUCGCACCUACUUUUUUCCCCUUUUACCGGUGUCCUUAAUUACGCUGCUUCCAGACCAGGUGUAGAGUUGCAGGUCGGCACAGAGGUGAGCAGCCUGUUUGAGACCAGCGGCAUGUAAGAGAGAUCAUCACCUCGGCCUGAUGGGCAAAGAUGAAGUGUGAAGGGAGCAGGAUGACUUUUUCUGUCAAGGACUGACUUUGAAGUGGUGACAAACAUGAAGCCUGAUCUGAAUCCGGUUCGUCUGCCUCACCUGAAUGUUUCCUCUACAGCAACAGGAUAAAGUGGAUUAUUGUAAAAAAAAAAAAACAUCUUGAUAUUAUCCGGAGUGGUCACCUGCUUGUAUUUAAGGACGCUUAAAAUGUGGUCAGCACCAGCUGUUUUCAUGAUGUGCAUCUUUUUUGGGAUCAUACUUGAUGUCAAUCGGGUGUCGUCACAACCCAUAUCUAUACACAGAAAGACGACACAGACUCCUGGUGAGGUGUCCAAGUUAGAGGACGACAUCCACCAAGUCAUUGACCAGAUCCACUCUCUGUCUGAUAGAAACUCACGUAGCAUCGGUGUUGGUUCAACAAGAGAUGGUUUUAAUUUAAAUGCAUAUUAUGAGCUUCUGAAUCGCUUGUAUGGUGUUUUUCAACCUCUGCUGAGAGAAAGAUUCAUAGAAGACCUUCCAAAGACGUUAGUUUGCAUUCUGUCUGGCAGAGAGGACUGUGGACUGGAGGCUGAACUAACAAAGACAGUGUCUCUGGAGUUGGGGAAGCCACUACUGACGUUUCUGUCAUCUUUGAGGUCCCAGACAUGCACCCCGCUGAGCACACAUGAGGAGACAAACAGCUUUUUCAGUGCCUAUCUCAGGACUGGGGAAUCAAUGACCGCAGCGUUUAGUAGCUUUCAGCAGCUGUUUUUAAAUUUAAUGUCAAGUCUCUCGGUUUCUGAGAAGUUGAUGAAUGUUGCUGGAGGCAUCAUGGAUGGAGCUGUGAAAUACGGCUUACAGUUCAUGGCAAUGUUGCUCGAGCUUCCAAUGGACUACAUCAGAAUAGCUUUACAGUUUGGAAUCAGAGUCCCAAAUUUGGAUGAACAAGGGACCUGUGGACAAGGAGAUCUCAAGCAGCUCAUUUUGUGGGGAAUAAAGCACAACGUGAGCUGGUCUUUUGGUGUCCCACUCAUUGACAUCUUCCUGGAUAUCUUCCUGCCUCCACAAGAGUCACCCUUCACACAUCCAGAGCCGGAGUGCCAGAAUCUUCCCAACGUCCCCUUCCAACGCAGCGGCUCAGAAACCAAAAACUACACCGAUAGCAGCUACAAGAUCCAGUGUGACCGCCGUGAACUGGCCAAGCUCAAUGACACUAUGUGUGCUGACAUCCUUGCAGUUUCGGGAAAGGGAUUUUCCACAGCUGUGUUCACCUUUUGCCAGGCGCUGAGUUCCCUCAACCCCGACCAGAUGGAGAGGAUGUGGAGCAACAUGUGUUAUGUUGUUCAAGCACUGAUGUCUCCACUCAUGAGCAGGUCACCUGACUGCAGUGAUGAGGAGACACAGGCUUUCACUGCCGUCACCCCUCUCUCCCAGGCUCGACCCGUCUCUCACUCUGCACCUCAUCGAGUAGCCAGAGAAGCCUCCAACCUCCGACAGCUCGCAUGCAACUACAACAGCUGGUUGGAGAGCAGUGCGGUGGAUCCCGUCCUGGUGUCCCUGUGCAGUGAUAAUGAGCGUGUGGAGUUUGUGAGGCAGGUGUGCAACAAUGCUUUGUUGAUGAGGAAGCUGCUCUCAGACAGGAUGAACAGCUGGAUGUAUGGAUACUGUGCUAACUCCUCUGCAGAUCCUGGCUACAUGGUGAGUCAGUUCUGUGUGUAUCAGCAGUGGCUCCAGCAGCCAGAGGUGCCUCUGGACCACUAUCUGUUUGAGUUCUGCAUGAACCUGGAUGGUCCCAGACUGACCCAACUCAUCUGUGAGCACACUGGAUUCCUCAUGAUUUUGAUCUCCAACCCUGACAACUGGCCACUCAUGCCCAACUGCACCAGCGCGCCCCCUCCAUCCCCACUCCAUCACGAAGAUACCUUACAGUUAGAGUCUUGUCGUUACUCGGAGUGGCAUGACGUGAUGCAAGUCACCACAGAUCUUCUGUCCCAGUGCAUCCUCUUCGAUCAGAGUGGUUUUACUAGGGAUGUUUGUUCUAACAAAACCUUUCUUGACAGCCUUUUACAGAAUGCUGAAAAUGCCUGGCUUGAGGGACACUGCGACAGCUCUUUGCAGUUUGCACCCACUGAGCCAACUCCGUCCUUUAACAUUGCAGGAUGGUGUGAUUACCACACAUGGGGAGAACGACAGGUGGACGAUUCAGUGGUCGGCCUCUGCUGGCAGCAUGAUCAGCUUGCUUUUCAGAAGAAUGUCUGCUGCAAAGCACCGGUGUUUGAAAAGCUGUUAGAAAACCCUAAGAACCAGUGGCUCACAUCAGUCUGCACGGACAUUGAGGAUAUAACUGUGAUGCCACAGGUGUGCAAGUACUCUGAGUGGACCCGUCCCAUCGUCGUGGACAUGACCGAGCUGGCUCUCUGCGCUGAGAUCGACUCACUUAACUUCACCUCCAAAGUCUGCGCCAAUGAAACAGUCCUCCAGAACCUGCUGACCAAUCAGGACAACACCUGGUUAAUACAACACUGCUUCAACCAUACUGGUCCUGGGGUGUCUCCUGGAGGAGGAGGAGGAGGAGGCCUGACUGGAUUCGACCCUGCUGAGCAGUGUCAGUACUCCACCUGGACCAUAGCUCCUCCAGAUGCAGCACUUCUGACUCUGUGCUGGGAGCACGACCAGACCAAUUUUGUCUCAUCCAUCUGCCCUAAUGCUCCCCUUCUCCUUUUUCUGUCAGGGGAGCCGUCUAGCGCUUGGGUGGGCAGCAUGUGCACCACCUACACCAACUAUACCACCCCUAACAAUGGCACCACUACAGACCCAGUUACUUGUCCUGCAGUAAAUCUGAUGAAACAGCUCAACUGGAACUGUUCUUCCUACUUUGCCUCAGCCUGCAAACCUUGUGCCACUCAGAACAUGGCCAUGCAGAUGAUCGUGCGCUGCUGGGUGGAGAAUCUGAGGUUCAGAUUGGAGGAUCUGCUGACACUCCCUGUGGCUAGAGUGUUGGACCAGGCAGUUAGCACAACGGUUGUAGUCCUGUUGAUCCUGGAAGAUGUCCAGAGUAGCACGUGGCAUGUUUCUGAGACCAUCAGGGAGAGUGUGUUGAACUCUGUAGUUGAGUUUUUCAAGAGGGAGACCAACACUGAGAAAAAGAGGGUCUUGCUGCAGUGUUUUGGGACUGCACUAACCAACCUGUUGCUGUCGACAAGGGAAGCAAACAACGAUGAAUUUCCUCUCAUUACGGCCUAUGUGCAGGAGUAUUUCAAUAUACAGCUGAGCAACCUGAGGCCAGUGCUCGGUGCAGCUCACAUCAGCACCGUCAGACUGAUCCUUCGCUACUACAGCAGAAUCAUGGAUACAGUGCAGCUGUCUGAUGAGUACCUGUCCACCAUGGUGUCAGUGUUACUCAAAACCCACUUGGAAGCUGAUGUUAACCUUUUCUCUGAGCUGGUUCCCCUGCUGACUGCAGCCAACCCCGCUGACAUCCAAGCUUUGCCCUCCCUGCAGAACAACAUCAAUGUGCGGGAAACCGUUAAUGAAAACUUGGGCAGCAUGACGUUUGCCCAGCGGCAGGCAUUUGGCUUGUGGUACAGCAAAAUUAUGCCCCCCUCCGAAAUCACCAGAGGUCAUCAGUCGCUCAUCAGGGACACUGGCAACCUGAUCGCCUACCUGCCCUUCCAGAACUUCCAACACCUCUCAGCUGCUCAGCUGUUAGAUGGACUGGAUGUGUUGCAGAGAAACACUCUCACACCUCUAAAGCAGGAAUUCAUUGCUCGUAGCCUCAUCGGCACCUACAGGAACCUGACAGCUCAGGAUUUUGCCAGGCUGGGUAAUAUCGCAUGUCUGGCAGAACCUGAGGACCUCCUUCUAUAUAAAAACACUGAGGCCUUCAGUGUCAUCCGUGACAGCGUUAUAAACUGCACACAUCAGGGACUCAGACUGCCCAGCCACCUGCUUUCCAAUUUGUUACUGAACAGCACAGAAUUUCGCACCCCAUCUACUCUCUCUACUGAGCGACUGACAGAACUCGCCCCAGUGCUGCCUGCACUGGGUGUAACUUUCCUGCAGAGCCUCACAACGUCGCAGCUUCUUGAUGUCCUCCCUGUCCUCAACUCUGUCUCCUUCAGUUCUGCACAGGCUUCUAUAAUUGUAGACCAGCUGUCCUCAAGUGGCAGACUGAAUCCAGCCCAGCUGCAGCAGCUCGGCUCCCUCACUGUGGGGGUGAAGACGGAGCAUUUGCUGAGCCUCACAUCUGACCGGCUGCUGUCGUCCCUUCGUGCUGUUGCCCACCACACACCAGUCCUCUGCCCACCACACAAACAAGGCCUCCGCCCGGCACAAGCCAACGCUAUCGCCACCAAACUAUGGGGCUUUCCAGAGGUGGUUAACUGGAACAAUGUGGAGCCUUUGCUUGAUUGCACACCACUGCUGAGUGUAAUGCCCAGGAUUCGUGUGCUUGUCAACAAUGAAAAACUCUCCAGUACAUCCACAAAAGCCUGGAACACACAGCAGGCUGAAGCAAUUUUCAAAGAGAUGCUUGACAAGAAUCCAAAUUUGAGCAAACAAGAUUUCCUGAGACUGGGAACACUGGGCAAGGGUGUGAGCUGCAAGUUCUUACAGAAACAGUUUAAGGAUGAUCCGUCGCCUUCCUCAGUGAGAGACUUCCUGGCCUUCCUCAGACAGCAGCCUGGUCUUCUUCACACCUCACUGAAAAAGUGCAUCAUCGAGGAGCUGUAUAAGUUUGAGUUUUUCUCUGAGCUGCUUGAAGAUUUUGGAGCUGAGCUUGCUCUGUCCAUGCCGGUGAGCACCAUUAAGAAGUUUCCUACUGAAAUGAUGGACAUUCUGAGGAAGAUGAUUAUUGAGGACUCUGAUCACUUUCUCUUGCUGUCUCGAGCAAAGCAGCAGCUGUUGGUGGACAAAAUAGUGCAAAGAAUGGGCAUGUACACAGGGGUGUUCACUGAGGAGGAGUUCCGUUCACUGGGCAUUAUGGCACCGUUUGUGGUGGAUGAGGUUUUCAUUCAGGUGGACCGCAACUUCUUUAUUGAAAAUCUGGAUUUCCUCAAAGAGCUCUGCUACAGCAGCAGCAAGAUGACAAUAGUGGCUCGUAUCCUGGAAGAACCUGCUCUCUUUGGCCCAGUCACAAACUGGAAUCAGACAACACUCAGUCAGGUGGACCGGUUUCUCUUCUUUCUACCUGAAAGCAAACUGCAGGAGAUUUCUCAGGCGUUGAUGACUGUGGGCCGCAUAGAGAAGCUGUUCAUGAGCCAGCGUCAGUGGGAAAGUGGGGAUGUGGGGAUCCACUGUUUGAACGAGAACGAGACGGAGAAAAUGUUUGAAAAGAAGCGGUUUGUUCUGCAGUUUUUCCUGGGCUUCCUCAAAAUGCGUCCCAAUUCACCGGCUCCUAUGGUUCCUACCUGUGAGAUUCUGCACACAACAGCUCCCUCUGCCUGGACCCCCAGCAGCCUGAUGAACAUGCCUUCAUCAGCCUUCUCCAGCUGUCUGGAGCUGAUGGGGCAGGACCUGUUCCUCGCAUCCUACCAGCGCAGGGAGGUGCUCAGGAGGGUCAAAGAGAUACACGGUCCUGUCUCCUCCUUCUCCCAGUCUCUGAUCUUUCAGCUGGGUGUAGUAGUGACGGAGAUGUCCUUAGAGGAGCUGGGUGCCCUCCGACUGACAGAGAGAAGGAGCAUCGCUACUAUGGGUGCUGUCAGUAGCUGGAACAGUAGACAGCUGCCUGUAUUAUUUUCCAACGUGCUGAACUCCACCAGGCAGAGUCCAAGCCAGCUUGACUCCAGCACGCUGGUGGCAAUGGGAUACAUUGUGUGUGGUGCUACAACAGCAGAGAUAAAGUCUUUCAAUGAUGUAGAGUUCAGUAAGGCGGUGCUCUGGCUGGGUCGGCUCAGGCUGUCCUGCUCAGAGGAGCAGCUGAUGGCUCUUGUUCAACUGCUGACCCACAGUCUUGCUUUCGGAGACAUGAGUUCAUGGGGGACCGAUGUGUUCAUUGAGAUCGGAGUCCUGGCAGCUGCCCUUCCAGACAUGGCCAUGUCAGCUUUGGUGAAAGAGCAAAUUGAAGGAAUCUCACCUUUGGCUAUCUCAAUGAUACCACCUCAAAAGCUUGCUGUGACAUUUGACUCUACAAAGAUCUCCAUGCUAUCCUAUGAUCAGGCCGUUGCAGUAACUGACGAGCAGCUUACUGGUCUAUCCUCUGUUCAGAGAACAGCUCUUGCUCUGGUACUGACACCCUGGGAAGAUCGGCCUGUGAACUUCAGAGGGAGGUUACUGGGGCUGGCACCGAGCCACGGUCCUGGGUGUCUCAUAUUGGUACUGCUGAUGCUGCUGACCGUCCUGCUCUGCCAUGACACAUGACCCCACUUACCCCAACUGGAUCAGGAAACCUCCUCAUCCACAUAAAUUAGCUCAUUUAUCUGUGCAAUACCAACUGUUUUUGAAAUAGGCAGCACUUCAGGUUUUCUGUAUUGUGUAUUCAAUGCGUUCAUUUUCAUAUCAACAAACGGCACUGAAGAAACCAAAUAAAUAGUUUAAUUUAUAGAAUAAGGAAAUGUGUAGGCUAUAUUUUAAGCAACAAAUUAUUCUAAUACCAGCAGAAUUGUUUUUAUUGCACUUUGUGUAUUUAUUUUUUUUAUAAACUUUUGUGAACCCCUAUUUUCCUGAUGUGUCCUUCUCAGGGAUGUGAAACCAUAUCCAGAAAAACAGUCCAAAAAUAUAAAGAUUUAAAUAUAGUUCGUAUACAAUUAUUAUUGCAAACCCACAAACCUGUUGACUUCUGUGAAAUAUUUGUCAGAGUAACAACUUCAAUACUUGCUAUAUUUAUAAAUCCAUUGUGAGUCAUCUUGAUUACAAAACAUGGACAUAAAGCUCAGACAGACCUGGUUGUAUUAGUAUUGAUUAACUUCAGUGUUUUGUUGCUGUGAGUUUCGUAUUGUUGUGCGCACUUUCCAGUGUGAUUAAUAUGGAUCCAAAUUAUUAAAUUGAGCAAAUCUGC